UCCCAGGACGGUUCACCUCCCUGACAACCCUGUGGAAGAAGGGCUAUUAUGAGCCUACUCUACAGAUGAGGAAACUAAGACCCACGACUCAUCCAGGGGCACAGGGCCAGCCAGUGAGCUGCGGCUGGACAUCUGGUUCCAAGUCCAGUACUUUAUCAGCACGUUCCCAAAAGGAAGCUGGCAGGAGGGAAAGGGGAGACCUAACUGGGGAUGAGGAGCUCUGAUUCGGCUGCCUUUAUAGUUUCACUCCAGCUGGCCCUGCCUUCCUGUCCUAAGAGUAGGUUAAAGGAAGCUCUGAGGAGGAAAGGUCAGUCUGGGAGAGAAGUAGGAACUCGCCAAAACAACCCACACCCUGCUCUCAGAGCGCCAGGCCACCAGGCCUUGUGAGCUCUGUGUGCGGGGAACAAAGCCGAAGGAGCAAGACCUGGUCCCUGCCCUCCCAGGGCUCUCAGUCUGCAGUGGAGAGGGCCCUAAAACUGCGUGGGACAUGCAGCGGGCAAGGGGCCAGGACACCGAUGAAGGAUGAGGUUCUACUGAUCCAGGAGGCCAAGAAAGAGUGCCGUGGAUCAUGGUACCUACCCGCGGGGAGAAUGGAGCCUGGGGAGACCAUCGUGGAGGCCCUGCAGCGGGAGGUGAAGGAGGAGGCCGGGCUGUACUGUGAGCCCCUGACAUUGCUUUCUGUGGAGGAGCGGGGCCCAUCCUGGAUCCGCUUUGUGUUCCUCGCUCAAGCCACAGGUGGAAUUCUCAAGACUUCCAAGGAGGCAGAUGCAGAGUCCCUGCAGGCUGGCUGGUACCCACGAAGCUCCCUGCCCACCCCGCUGCGAGCCCAGGACAUUCUGCACCUGGUAGAGCUAGCUGCCCGGUACCGCCAGCAAGCCAGGCACCCUCUUCUUCUGCCCCAGGAGCUUCCCUGCAGUCUGGUCUGCCAGCGACUCGUGGCCACUUUUACCAGUGUCCAGACAGUGUGGGUGCUGGUGGGCACAGAGGGGAUGCCUCACUUGCCCAUCACUGCCUGCGGCUUCAGUCCCAUGGAGCAAAGGGGUGGCAUCAAGAUGGCCAUCCUGCGGCUGCUACAGGAAUGUCUGACCCUGCACCAUUUGGCAGUGGAGACCAAGGGGUUGCUUGGACUGCAGCACCUGGGCAAGGACCACGCAGAUGGCAUCUGCUUGAAUGUGCUGGUGACUGUGGCUUUUCGGAACCCAGGCAUGCAGAGUGAGCCCCCAAAAGUUCGGGGUGAGAACUUUUUUUGGUGGAAGGUGAUGGAGGAAGACCUACAAAGCCAGCUCUUACAGAGGCUUCAGGAAUCAUCGGUCGUCCCAGUCAACAGAUAGGAAGGUGCCAUCGUGGUGCAAGGAGCCGGGCACCUGUGCCCCACCCCCUACCGUGGCUCUGCCUUCCUAAGGGAGGCAGGAGGUUGGCAGUCAGAAGUCUUGUUGCAUUGGGAGCAGGUGAUUCUCUUAGUUCUCAGGGUAAUUUCCUUUUCUGUGGAACAGGUCCCUACGCUGCACCAAAAGGACAGUGACUUUAACCAAACAAGGAGUUCAGAGCUCAAGGAUCUAAUUACUCUGUGGGCAUGAUGAGGGCACUACUCCCUAAGGGGAGGAGAGAACUUUCUGAACCUGAGAUGGCAUCUACUUAUCAUUUUCCAUGCUCCCCUCAGUAAAGGCCUACAUCCGGGUUCCAGGUUCUUAGGCACUUAGAACACAGACUGGGUGCGGGGUGGGGGUGGGAAUGGGGGGGGUCAUUCCAAGGGAGUGGGCCCCUUGCUGAGUAAAUAGGUGGUACUUGCUUUGCCUUCCUUCCUAAAUGUGUCUGUGGGGAGGAAGUGAGCAGGAAGCAGGGGACUGCAUCAAGAAGGAAGCUCCUCCCUUGACCCACCACACCCUCCCAGCUCUUCCCAGACAGCAAGUGACCUGGGUGGGCAGGCUUCCUGCCAUCCACCAUAGCCUCUGUGGCCCACUGGGGCUCUCCUUCUCUUGCCUGCCUGUGUCCUCAUCCCCUCCAGGGUUUGGCAGUGAGAACACUGGGAGCUUCAGGUGGGUGAGGAGCCAUAAAGUAAAAGCCAGUCCCACCUCUUUUCCCCUGCUCCCUCCCUGCAUCACUCUGCGGGCCACAAGCUUCUUGCCCCUGCCUUUCUACAACUCCAGCCGGAGCCAGACCGAAACCCUUUAUUCAUUUCUCCUGAGCCCAGCAGAAUCAUGAUAAAAAGUAUUAUUAUUAAAAAAAAAAAAAACUUUACUAAAACUUCAGGGAAAAAUCAUAGGAAGUAAACAAAGAAGAUUUAUCGUGUGCUACUCACUGCAUGUAAUACAGAUUUCUGGUUCUGAGCAA